AUGAAGACCACUUAUUUCUCGGCCCUCGCUCUGGCGUUGGCGUCUACUUGUUUAGCAAAUGACCCUCUUACUGCUGACAAGGUCGAGGCUGAUGUGAAGACGGAGGAGCUCGAGCGUAUCCUCUGGAACCUGAACAAGAUCGGUUGUGACAAUGGCGGCACUCGUGCCUUCGGCACCCCGGGCUACAAAGCUUCAGUUGACUUCGUCCUGGAACGCGCUCAAACUCGUUUCGCCAAGCAGAUGGACACUUGGGUGCAGCCCUUCAACCACACUUACCAACAGACCCUGGCGAUUUCCGUGACGGGUCCCGACGGCAAGAAGGUCAUCGUCAGCAGCGCUGAAUACAAUACCGCCACUCCUCUGCCGGGCGGCAUUACGGCUCCUCUUAUCGAUACCCCUGUAGACGAGGUGAAUGGGUCCGGAUGCCUUCCCAGCUCGUUCGAGGGCAUUGACGCCACUGGAAAGCUUGCUCUUAUCAAGCGUGGCGUUUGUGCUGUGUCCGAGAAGAUCAAGAAUGCCAAGGCUGUCGGUGCUCUUGGUGUCAUCUUGUACAACCAAGUUCCCGGUGACGCCAUCGUCAAGCCUACUCUCGAAGCCCAGAACAUUGGCCUCCUGGUCCCUCUGGGCAUUAUUACCCUAGAGACUGGUGAAGCCUGGUCUGCAGCUCUCGCUUCUGGUGAAGAAGUCGUCGUUACUCUUAUUGUCGAUGCCAUCUUUGAGGAGCGUGAGACUUGGAACGUCAUCUCCGAGACCAAGGAGGGUGACCCGAACAAGGUUAUCAUGCUUGGUGCUCACCUUGACAGUGUCCUUGAGGGCCCUGGUAUCAACGAUGACGGAAGUGGCACUGCUGGUCUGCUCCAGCUGAUGGGAUCCGUUAAGAAGUACAGUGGCUUCCCUCACAAGAUUCGUUUUGCUUGGUGGGGUGCCGAGGAGGUCGGCCUUGUGGGCUCCUACUACUACACCGAGAAUCUCAGCUCCGAGGAGGCGGAUAAGAUCAAGUACUACUUCAACUACGACAUGAUUGGUUCCCCCAACCCUAUCUAUGAGCUUUCCAGCUACAGCAACAGUGGAAUUGGCCCUCAGCUCCUUGCGGAUUAUCUUGAAUCCAAGGGCAAGACUGUUUCCUGGUCUGAGUUUGACGACCGUUCUGACUAUGCUGGUUUUGUCGCUCUUGGAAUCCCGACCGCGUCGAUUUUCACCGGCGAGGGAGAAAAUGACCCCUGCUACCACUUGGCUUGCGAUACCCUCGACAACAUCAACUGGGACGCCAUUACGGUAAACACAAAGGCUGCUGGCCGGGCUCUUGCUACACUUGCUCACUCGCUCGAGGGCGUCCCGCCCCGAGCUGAUACCUCACCAGCCCUCCGUGGCCGUGCCGGUGUCCUCCAGCAGUUGCGCCGUUGGAAGCUGAUGGCUGAGCACUCCAGCCACGGCAAGAUGUGCUCUCAUCACGACGAGAAGAAGGUAUAUUAA